AAUGGUCGUGGCUCGUGGUGAUGGUUGUCGGUGCCGAAAUGCUUUAGUGGUGACGAUUCUGUAAGCGUGGUGAAGACGGGUGUUCGGGGUUGUGCUCCAUUUCUUCCUUCCCUGGCUCGUCUUCCUCCCCGCCACCAGGAUGUCAGGCUGCAUAGAAAUACCGCUGCGGGACAGUGAUGAGGUGAUUGAGUUGGACUUGAGUCAGCUUCCAGAAGGAGAGGAAGUGCUGGGGAUCCUCACUAAUGAGAAAGUUCCCCUUAACUAUUGGGUUGACCUUGCUGUUGAGUACUACAAGCAGAAGAAAGAAGAUGACUUCGUGCGCAUCCUGGAGGCAAGCCGCACUGAUGCCAACUCUAUUUACAGAGACUCUGAGAAGGAUCAGAUGCGGUCUUUUGACACACUGGCUGCCUACUAUGUCCAAAAGGCUAACAAGGAAAAGGACAAAACUGUUAAAAAGGACCUCUUCCAGAAAGCAACAUACUUGUACACCACUGCUGACAAGAUUAUCAUGUACGACCAGAACCAUCUCCUGGGUCGUGCUUACUUCUGCCUCCUGGAAGGGGAUAAGAUGGAGCAGGCAGAUGCACAGUUUAACUUUGUGCUGAACCAGAGUGCCAAUAACAUACCAUCACUGCUGGGAAAGGCUUGCAUUGCCUUUAACAAGAAGGAUUACCGAGGAGCUCUGGCAUUUUACAAAAAAGCCUUGCGAACCAAUCCUAACUGCCCUGCUGCUGUUCGGCUGGGAAUGGGCCAUUGUUUCAUGAAGCUUGGUAACCAGGAGAAAGCUCGCCUGGCCUUUGAACGAGCACUGGAACUGGAUAGCAUGUGUGUGGGUGCCCUUGUAGGACUGGCUGUACUGGAGCUCAAUGAGAAAAAACCUGAGAACAUCCGUCGGGGAGUGCAGAUGUUGUCCAAAGCAUACAACAUUGACUCAACAAACCCCAUGGUACUGAAUCAUUUGGGCAACCACUUCUUCUUCAAGCAGGAUUUCCAGAAAGUGCAGCAUCUUGGCCUCCAUGCCUUCCACAAUACUGAGAAUGAAUCAAUGAGAGCCGAGUCCUGUUACCAGAUGGCUCGAGCUUUUCAUGUGCAGGAGGAUUACUCCCAAGCAUUCCAGUACUACUACCAAGCCACACAGUAUGCUGCCCCUAACUUUGUUCUCCCUCACUAUGGACUGGGCCAGAUGUAUAUAAAUAGAGGAGACACUGAAAAUGCAGCACAGUGCUUCGAGAAAGUACUAAAAGCACAACCAGGAAAUUAUGAGACAAUGAAGAUUCUUGGCUCCCUGUAUGCCAGUUCCACUUCACAAAGCAAGAGAGAUCUCGCCAAGCAGCAUCUUAAAAAGGUGACGGAGCAAUACAGUGAAGAUGUGGAGGCCUGGAUUGAGCUUGCCCAAAUCUUGGAGGGCAGUGAUCUACAGGGCUCCCUCUCUGCAUACCACAAAGCCACUAAACUAUUGCAAGAUCUUGUGCAAAUGGACAUCCCUCCGGAGAUUCUCAAUAACAUAGCUGCUCUUCAUUUCAGGUUGGGAAACUAUGAGGAGGCGCACAAGUACUUCCAGGAGGCAUGGGACCGGUGUGAGUCUGAGAAGGAGCAGGACCUGCAGUACUACUCAGCCAUCUCAGUCACUAUUAAAUACAACACUGCCCGCUUGCAUGAGAUGUUCUGUCAGUAUGACAAGGCUGAGAAGCUCUACAAGGAAAUCCUGCAAGACCACCCCAAUUAUGUUGAUUGUUACCUUCGCCUUGGAUGCAUGGCGAGGGACAGAGGACAAAUCUAUGAUGCCUCAGAUUGGUACAAGGAAGCUUUGCGAAUGAACAAUGAACAUCCUGAUGCCUGGUCACUCAUGGGAAACCUCCAUCUGGCUAAGAAUGAAUGGGGUCCUGGCCAGAAGAAAUUUGAGAGAAUUCUUAAGAAUCCGAGCACCACCAAUGACUCUUACUCCCUCAUUGCUUUGGGGAAUGUUUGGCUGACGACACUCCACCAGCCUCAUCGGGACAAGGAGAAGGAAAGUAAACACCAGGACCGUGCUCUGGCCAUGUACAAGACAGUACUAAGGGGAGAUCCAAGGAGCAUAUGGGCAGCUAAUGGCAUAGGUGCUGUGUUGGCUCACAAAGGCUAUAUCAAUGAGGCGAGAGACAUCUUUGCUCAGGUGCGAGAGGCAACUGCUGACUUCAGUGAUGUGUGGAUGAAUAUUGCUCAUAUCUACGUUGAGCAGAAGCAGUACAUCAAUGCUAUUCAGAUGUAUGAGAAUUGCCAGAAGAAGUUCUUCAAAUACCCGAAUGUUGAAGUUCUUGGAUACCUUGCACGUGCUUACUUUAAGGCUGCCAAGCUGAAGGAGGCUAAAUACACACUUCUGAAGGCACGACAUGUGGCUCCACAUGACACGGUGAUUCUGUACAACUUGGCCCUUGUACUGCAGCGCCUUGCUAUGCAGGUGCUAAGGGAUGAGAAAUCACUGUUGAAGACUGUGCUUGCUGCUGUGCAUGAGCUAACUCUGGCCCAGAAGUACUUCCAGCACCUUAGUGUCAAUGGUGACCGACUGAAGUAUGACCUUGGAGCAGCAGCAGCAGAGGCCAACCAGUGCCGAGAUCUGCUGUCCCAGGCUCAGUACCACGUGGUGCGUGCCCGCAAACAGGAUGAUGAGGAGAAAGCCUUGCGCCGCAAGCAGGAUGAAGAACGACAAGCACUCAAGCAGAAGGUGGUGGAGGAGCAACUUAAGAAGGAGGAGAGAAGGAAACAAAUUAUGGAGGAGAAGAUGAAAGCCCGUGAAGAAUACAAGGAGAAGAUGAAGAAUGCAGUCAUCAUAACUGAGCCAGCUGAGCCUUCACGCCGGGGCGGAGGCAGAGGCAGGAAGAGGGAAAUGGAGAUCCUGUCUGAUGGUUCAGGUGCUGGCAGUGGAAAUGAAGGAGGGGAGCCCAGGAUGAAGAAGGCAAAGGGUCGCAAGAGGAAGGAGAACACUGGGCGAAAGCGAUCCAGGAAGGGCAAAGGCGGUGGCCAGAGUGACGACGACGAAGAAGGCGGAGGACGUGGCCGGAAGCGUGGAGGCAAGGGCCGCAGGAAGUCUGAGGAGGGUCUGUCGGCCAAACAGAAGGGGCGCAUUGUCUCCAAAGCCACCAUCUCCGAUUCCUCUGACGACUCUGAUGACGAGCGGCUCAAGAUUGCCAGCGGGUCGGAGAGUGACCGUGGCGGCGGUGGGAAGGGCAAGCGAAGGAGGGUCAUGUCCGACUCUGGUUCUGACAGGUCAAGGUCAAGGUCAAGAUCCAGGUCAAGGUCCCAAUCUAGGUCCAGGUCAAGGUCAAGGUCAAGAUCAAGGUCCAGGUCAAGGUCAAAAUCAGGUUCCAGGUCAGGUUCGUCAAGGUCGAGGUCGAGGUCAGGCUCUAGAUCACGCAGUCGCAGCAGGUCAAGGAAGAGCAAGUCAAGGUCAAGGUCAAAGAGUGGGUCAAGAUCUGCUUCUAGGUCAAGGUCAAGGUCACCGGCUCGUUCUAGAGCAGGGUCGGCCAAGUCACGGUCUGGCUCACCAAGAUCCAGGUCCAGGUCAAAAUCCAGCUCCAGGUCACCAGCACGAUCCAGGUCAAGGUCCAGGUCUUCCCAUUCACGGUCUAGGUCUCGGUCCCCUGCCAGGUCAAGGUCAGGCUCUCGGUCUCCUCCCAGGUCAAGAUCAGGAUCCAGGUCUCCUCCCAGGUCGAGAUCUGGCUCCAGGUCCCCUGCCAGGUCGCGGUCUAGAUCUCGGUCCCCUCCCAGGUCAAGAUCUGGGUCAGCCUCACCCACCCGCUCCAGGUCGGGCUCUCCCAAGCGGUCUGUGUCGCCGGCCAAGUCAAGGUCUGACUCUGAGGUGGGUGGUGGGAGUGACAGUGAGUGAUGGGGCCAGCUUGCGUUUGUGGCUUGCCCCUCGUCUCAUCCAGAUGUGUGUGGAGUCACCUGGGAGGAAAGGUUAGCUCUUUGUUUUUGAUUAUGCAGGAUGUGAAAAGAUGUAUCUCUUCUCAGAAGAAAAAAUCUGUAUGAGGUGGUUUAUCAUGAAAUGUCUGUUCUAUUAAUGCCUCCUCAGUUCCUUGCAGAUAUUAUUCAAGUCAGGCAAAUCAUGUAUAUUGGAACAACAGGUUAUUUGUAGAAUCAUGUGGCAUUUGUAUUCUUUGUUCUCGGUGAUCAGCAUUUUUUUUAACUUUGAAUUCUGAAGUUCUGAACAAGGUACCUUGUAUUCAGCAUUGUCAUAGCUGGAAGCCUCUUGCUGUAGAAGAGAUGGCACUUACACUCUUCAUUCCCAGGGUAUAUGAAAGUGUAGGAAGCCAUUAAGGUUUGUGCUUCAGGUGAGGCUGGUAUUGCUGUAGACAUGCUAGACAUGACUAACAUUGUGUUGACUAGGAAACCUGAGUAUCAGUUUUUCAUGUCACUACCAAAUAAAAUGUAAUUCAUAUUAAUAUAAGUUAUCAUUGUAGUGGUUAUAUAUAUAUAAGAAUUAUAUAAAGAAAUGUUUUUUCAUUCAGUAAAAUGUGGAUGAAUUAA